AUGAGGAAGGAGGUGGUGGUGGUGGUCUGCACAACUCUUACGGUGGUAGCAGUAGGGGCGUUGUUGAGGAGGUGGAAGCGAAGGAAAGAGCAACAAUUGAGGCAAACAAGGAACAUUAUUCGAAAGCUCGCAAGGGAUUGUGCCACUCCAGUAACAAUGCUUUGGCAAGUUGCUGAUGACUUGGUGUCUAAGAUGAAAGCCUCUCUUGUUUCUUCCAAUGAAGAAUCCACUCUCAACAUGAUCAUUUCCAACGUUACAUCACUCCCUAAUGGAGAAGAGGAAGGUUUUUUUUAUGGGGUGAAUUUGCAAGGCAAGAACUUGUUGAUGUUGUGCGCUCGUCUUGGUGGAAAGAAUAUGCCCAUCUCUGGUUUACACAGGGAAGAGAUUUCCAUCCCCGAUGUUGUCUUGGAUGGGACUUCUCAGGAAAUAAUUGACUUCGUAGCUACAGAGAUAGCUAAGUUUGUUUCGGCUCCUCAUGAAAAUGAGGAUGGUGCAUCCGCCAAGAAGAAGAAAUUGGGCUUUACAUUGUCAUAUCCAGUAGACAAAGCUGUGCCUUUCACAGUCACUACAUUUCAACGGAAAAGCGCGAACGACCCAGUUAACAAAGGAUUGGUGAAAGACCUUAAUCGAGCGUUGAAGAAUCAUGGAAUUAAAAUGCAUGUUUUUGCAUUGGUUGAUGACACUAUUGGAGGUUUGGCCGGAGGAAGAUACUAUAACAGGGACAGCGUGGCUGCAGUUACCCUUGGCAUGACCACAAAUGCUGCUUAUGUAGAAUCAGAACAAGAAGUUUCAACUGAGCUUGCACAUUCUCCCAAUUCAAACGAACUGGUAAUUAGCAUAAAGUGGGGAGAUUUCAAAUCCCCUCAUCUUCCUGUGACAGCAUUUGACGCUAGUUUAGAUGCUGAAAGCUCAAAUCCUGGUAGCGAGAUUUUUGAAAAGCUUAUUUCAGGAAUGUAUUUGGGAGAAAUUGUGAGACGGGUCUUAUUGAAAAUGGCACAGGAAACAGCCCUAUUUGGAUGCACCGUGCCUCCAAAAUUGAUGACUCCCUACUUGCUAAGGUCCCCUGAUAUGGCUGCUAUGCAUCAAGAUACAUCAGAGGAUCGUGAAGUAGUGAGUGAGAAACUCAAAGAGGUUUUCGGGAUUACUAGUAGUAGUGCCAUGGCACGAGAAGUGGUUGCUGAGGUAUGUGACAUAGUAACAGAACGUGGGGCUCGCCUAGCUGGAGCUGGAAUUGUUGGGAUAAUAAAGAAGCUAGGGAGAAUAGAGAAUAGAAAAAGUGUGGUGACGGUGGAAGGUGGACUUUAUGAGCAUUACCGCAUUUUCAGAAAUUAUCUUCAUAGUAGUAUAUGGGAAAUGCUUGGCAAUGAUCUCUCAGAUAAUGUCAUUAUAGAACAUUCUCAUGGUGGCUCUGGAACUGGAGCACUAUUCCUUGCUGCUGCUCAGUCUCACACACACCGUGCAGAUUCUUGA